AUGGUUAACGCCACAUACACGACCAGCGGCGACCUCAUCGCCACCUACGAUGUCGAUGGCGUCCAAACCGAGACUAUCUACAACCUCGGCAACAUGGCGUGGAUCAUUGUCUCCACCGCAUUGGUCUUCAUCAUGAUUCCCGGUCUCGGUUUCUUCUACGCAGGUCUGCUUAGGAAGAAGUCGGCUCUGUCGAUGAUCUGGAUGUCCAUGACUGUGCUGUCCGUCGUCACUUUCGAGUGGUUCUUCUGGGGUUUCUCGCUGGCUUUCUCGACCGGUUCGAGCAACAAGUUCAUUGGUAAUCUCGACAACUUUGGACUUAUGAAUGUCGACAUCCAAGCUUCCACCGGAGGAAACGUCAUCCCACAAUUGCUGUACUGCAUCUACCAGCUCAUGUUCGCCGCCAUCACACCCGUCAUCGCCUGCGGUGCCUUCGCUGACCGAGCACGUCUCGGCCCUGUCCUCAUCUUCGCCUUCUGCUGGUCCACCAUCGUCUACAACCCCAUCGCCUACUGGACCUGGAACGUUGGCAAGGGCUGGGCCAACGUCAUGGGCGGUCUCGACUUCGCCGGUGGUACACCCGUCCACAUCUCCUCCGGAACCGCAGCGCUCGCCAUCUCGAUCUUCCUCGGAAAGCGCAAGGGCUACGGAACCGAGCAGCUCGCCUACCGACCCCACAACGUGGCGUACGUCAUUUUGGGUACCGUCUUCCUGUGGUUCGGUUGGUUCGGCUUCAACGGUGGUUCGGCCUUGGGCGCCAACUUGAGGGCGGUGCAGGCCAUGAUGGUGACCCAGGUGGCUACCGCUGUGGGUGGCUUGACUUGGAUGUUCUGGGACUGGAGGCUGGAGAGGAAGUGGUCGGCUGUCGGCUUCUGCUCCGGUGCCAUCUCGGGUCUGGUUGCCAUCACCCCGGCUAGUGGUUAUGUUGGAACCCCGGCGGCUGUUGCCUUUGGUGUUCUCGGCGGUACCGCCUGCAACUUUGCUACGGGUCUGAAGAACCUCCUCGGUUACGACGAUGCCUUGGACAUCUUCGCCGCUCACGGUGUAGGUGGUAUUGUGGGCAACCUGCUCACCGGUAUCUUUGCCGAUUCGCGCGUCGCCUCGUUCGACGGUUCCACCCCCAUCCCCGGUGGUUGGAUCAACAAGAACUGGAUCCAGCUCGCCUACCAGCUCGCCGACUCGGCUUCCGGCUUCGGCUGGUCGUUCGUCGUCACCAUGAUCCUGCUCUUCGCUAUCGACCGCAUCCCCGGUUGCCACUUCAGGGCCAGCGAGGAGGACGAGGACUUGGGUAUCGACCUGACGCAGGUCGGAGAAGAGGUCCUGGUUUUGCCGCUGCUUCACGACUUUAUCAGGCCCGAGGACGGUGCUGAGGUCAGCCACGCCGUCGCAGCCAAGGAGAGCAAGUACUCGCCCGCCAGCAGCGAGAAGGAUCUCGAGGCUGCUCACCCCCAACCCACCGCCGUUUGA